UUUAUUAAUAUCCCAACACCACCAAAAAUAGAAAAAGAAAGAAGACCCUCUUUCCUUUUACUCUCCUUUCCUCUCCUCUCCUCUUUCUUCCAAUCUUUCCAAAACAUUCCAAACAUGCAUGCACUCAGUUUCAUUGUAGGAGUUGUGGGCAAUGUGAUUUCUGUGCUUGUCUUUGCUUCUCCCAUAUCUACGUUCUGGCGAGUGGUGAGGAACAGAUCGACGGAGGAUUUUGAUAGCCUUCCUUAUGUUUGCACUCUCCUGAGCACAUCGUUAUGGACAUACUAUGGUGUAACGAAGCCCGGCGGCCUACUGAUCGCGACAGUAAACAGCGUUGGCAUUGUUCUUGAACUGAUCUACGUUAGCUUAUUUCUCAUCUACGCGCCUUCCCGAACAAGGAUAAAAACAGCGAUAUUGGUAGGGAUUUUGGAUGUGGGGUUUCUCGGCGGAGUGAUCUUGACCACACGUUUGGCAAUGCACGGGAGCCUACGUGUGACUGUGAUUGGAUUCAUGUGUGCAGGACUGAGUCUAUUUUUCUAUGGUUCACCUCUUGCCGCCAUGAAAACGGUGAUUGCUACCAAGAGUGUGGAAUACAUGCCUUUUUUACUCUCCUUCUUUCUCUUUCUCAACGGAGCCGUUUGGACCUUCUAUUCAUAUCUUGAAAAAGACUUCUUCGUUGGAGUGCCGAAUGGCAUCGGUUUCAUAUUAGGCACAGCUCAAUUGAUCCUCUAUGCAAUAUACAUGAACACUAAGGGUGCAAAAGGCAGAAAAGAAGACACAACAGAAAAUAGCGAGCCGCUCAUCCAGUCCGCUGAAGGACACAGAAUCGACAUGGAAAAAGCCUACGAUGUGGGGAGCCAAAGUGAUGGAAAGCCCACCUCGACUUCUAUUUCCUAUUGAGAAAUGGCAAAAGAAUGUCCCUGGCUUACACAACCGGCCCCGAAGGGAAGAUGGUACACACACAUUUUGGGAGAUUUACUAUUAUUGUAUUAGCAUUGUGCAAUUUUUUAGUUAAAUGGUUUGUUUGAUUAAGAGGGUGAUUGUUUUUUCAAUUAUAUUUGUAAAUGGGAGUAAAUAAUUAUUCAUAACUUUUGAAGGGUGUUUA